GAUUGUAGAGUCCUGCUGUUGCAUAAGGUGGCAUACUAGCAGAGAAGCAAGCAGCCUUUUAAACAGCUGGGCUUCUUGCGCGCCCUGGUUUGGCUGUCAGUGCAAUUAUAUUGUUUCACAGAGGCAGAGAGCGAACAAGAUAUGUAAGAGAGAGAGAGGGAGAGAAUCCACACGAAAGGGAGGGUUGGAGGAGAAGGGAGCGGUGCAAACUGUGCGCAUGAUAGCAUAAGAGUGGUGGAGAGAGAGAGAAAGAGGGAGCCAGCUAUCAAGCAAGGUUUUCUUGUUCACUGAUGUGCUUCUUUUUCAUUCAGAAAAAGAAAGUGGGCAGUCAAAAGUAUGACGGUACUCUCAGACAGGAAGGAAACGGAGCAAGCGUGAAGACUAGGAAAGUAGAAUGAACUGAGGAGAGUUACAGACCUAACUACUCCUGAAACUAAAAUGGAUUUUAUUCAUUUGCACCACUUGGCGAGAUAAAACUAAUUUCAGCGCUGUUUAAACUGAGAGCUGCUUCUGCCACUGAUUCUCCCGUGAUAAUGUGCUUUUAUCUGUGAGACACCUGAUUCCGAUUUGACUGGAGGUCCAGAGUGCUGAAUUCUAAAUACAGAUUCCUGACUGUAGGACAGACCAUGCUGCUGCACUAAGUCGGAGGGAGAGAAGAGAGAGAGCGAGGCCCCAGAGGACGGCUGAGGUGGUGGUUGGCCUGUUGGUGUGCCCCUCCCCCUUGUCUGGCUGGCUAACCGCUGCCUCUUCAGUUCAUCUGAUCGCUCCCCCUCCCUCCCAAACCCUGAGGCUUGCUAUGGACUGCGCUUCGCCCCCUGCCGCAGCCCAGCCCAGUACACUAACUUAGUGGGUUCCCCUCAUUUUUCUGUGCGUGGUUCCUGUCCAGAAUCACUGUACAGAGUCCAGCAUAGAUCUGGUACCACCUACAGCCACUCCUGGGCCUCCACCCAACCCCCUCCCCACUCCCACCCUCUCCCCCUCCCCUGAGAAGAUGUCAGUAAGCCUGACAACAGACAUCCAGCAGGAGGGAGAGAGUGGGCCACUCAUCGAGCCCUGCAGUCGAGGCAAGACCUCCCCUCAACCACAGGGCACCAAGGAAGGGACAGGAGAGGGCCUGGAGCCUGAUGACAGCUCCCCACAGGACGCACAGAAACGCGCUCCUAACCAUAGCCAUGGCAGGAAAAGAGCCAAGUCUAAUGCCAAACUGAAGCUGGUACGGAGUCUGGCAGUGUGCGAAGAGUCAUCUGGUCCGUACUCCAACGAUGGACCUCCAGAAUCGGAGAUCAUCCAGCUUCACAUCAGCUGUCCGUCGGACAAAGAGGAGGAGAAGUCCUCAAAGGACGAGUAUGAAAAUGAAGAGAAGGAGAAGAAGGACAAGACUCCCCGAAAGAUGCUGUCACGUGACUCCAGUCAGGAGUACACUGACUCCACGGGCAUCGAUGUUCACGAGUUUUUGGUCAACACACUGAAAAACAAUCCCAGGGAUCGAAUGAUGCUGCUCAAACUAGAACAAGAUAUCCUGGAGUUCAUUAAUGACGACAAUAACCAGUAUAAGAAGUUUCCUCAGAUGACUUCUUAUCACCGUAUGCUGCUGCACCGCGUGGCUGCCUACUUUGGCAUGGACCACAAUGUGGAUCAGACUGGCAAAGCUGUCAUCAUCAACAAGACGGGCAACACACGCAUCCCAGAACAGAGAUUCUCUGAACACAUCAAGGACGAACGUAACAUGGACUUCCAGAAGAAAUUCAUCCUGAAGAGAGAUGAUGCUAGUAUGGACAAAGAUGAUAAUCAGAUCCGUGUGCCGCUGCAGGACGGGCGGCGUAGCAAGUCCAUUGAAGAGCGAGAGGAGGAAUAUCAGCGGGUACGAGACCGGAUCUUUGCCCGAGAAGUGUCCUUUUUUUUGCAGUCCUCUCAAAACGGAUACAUCAAUGACAACAGACUUUCCACUGAGGGCUACUGCUCUAGCUCUCAAAAGAGGAGGCAGAUCUUUAGAGGGAACCGUGAAAGCUCCAGCCGGGCGUCUAGCAGUCGUCAAAGCAGCACGGACAGCGACAUGAAGUGCCUGGAGCCGCGGCCCUGGAGCAGCACGGACUCGGACAGCUCUAACCGCACCCUGCGGCCGCCCGUCACCAAGGCCAGCAGCUUCUCUGGCAUCUCCAUCCUCACCAGGGGGGACAGCCUUGGCAGCAACAAAGGCUCACAGGGAAGCUGCAAAGGCUCUCGCUCUGGCCUGCCCCUAGUCAGUCCUGAUGUGUGUCCCCCGCCUGCAGCCUCCCAGUCCAGCCGUAGCCUGCUCCCCUGCCCGUCUCAACAGCCACAGCAGCCACAGCCUCCGCCUCAGGCUCCGCCUCAGACUGCACUGCUGCCCACCCCGCAGCAGCACCCCAUGAGCAACCACAUGAUCGCUCAGCCGGUGGCAUCUCUGCAGCCCUCUCAGCCUGUCUCCUACUCCAGCCCUUCCUGCCCCCAGGUUCUCCUGCCAGUUUCUCCUCCCCAGCAGUACACAAUGGGAGAAGAGCUGGCGUCCCAGUUCACCCAGAUGACGCUGAGUCGGCAGGGCUCCAGCGAGAACCCUGAGCCUCCUCCUAUGUAUCAGCAUGCCCCACCUCAGACAGGCUACAUCAUGGCCACCACGGGUCAGCCUAUGGCGCCUCCGUCUGGCUACCAGCCUGCGACCGGACACCCCCAUCCUCCGCCUCCGCCACCGCCUCCAUCCCAGCCUGUCAUGCAGGCCCCGCCACCUCCACAAGGCUACAUGCAACCCCCUCCACCUCAACAGAUACAGGUGUCCUACUACCCUCCUGGUCAGUAUCCCAGCUCAGGCCAGCAGUACCGAGUGUCCCAGCCUAUGUCCCACCAGGUGUCUUAUCCUGCCCAGCGCACACAACCCAUGCCUCAGCCCACACAGCCGUCAGGUCUCCAGACCAUGAUGCCCAGCCAGCAGCCGAGCUACCAGGGCAUGAUGGGUGUGCAGCAGCCCCAAAACCCUGGCCUGCUCAAUUCCCAAAGGGCAGGCAUGGGAGGACAAAUGCAAAGCAUAAUGGUCCAGUAUCCACAGAUGCCAUCAUAUCAGGUACCAGUGGGAAAUGAAAAUCAGCAGGUGGUGCAGCAGCAGUACCAGCAGCAGGUGAUGGUGCCCGUCAGCCAGUCAGUCCAGGGCCCCAUGCCCGUCUACUACAGUGUUAUCACACCUACACAGCAGAAUAGCACAAGCCCUUCAGUAGGUUACCUGCAGCCCCCCAGCUCUGAGCAGUAUCAGAUUACACAGUCGCCGUCCCCCUGCAACCCGCAACAGUUGCAGCAGCAAUAUUCAGGAGUACCUGCUCCUGGGCCUGGGGUGAUGGUCAUGCAGCUCAGCGUCCCCAAUGGACCGCAGCCUUCCCAAAACCCUCCUCUGGUCCAGUGGAACCCAUGCAAAUACUACAGCAUAGAGCAGAGGCCCGGCAAGCCCGGAGACCUCUACAAACCUGACAACACUGCACAGGCCAGUACUCAGCUGACAAGUCCACUGGCCUCCCCCACUCAGUCUCCCACCCCGUCUCCCUCUGGAAGUGUCAGCAGCGUCUGUUCAGGCCUGGGACCAUUACCCCUCAUAUCCCAGUUCCCUCGAGCAGGAGGACCAGCUCAAGGUGAUGGUCGCUACUCUCUGUUGGGUCAGCCCCUCCAGUACAGUCUGUGUCCUCCACCCCUCAUGCACGGCCAGUCCUCCUACAGCUCCCAUCAGGGCCAAGGAGUAAUGAAACACGGGGCACGAGGGAAGAAACAAACACUCAAAUCUGCAUCGACAGAUCUCGGCACCACUGAUGUAGGUGCAGCUCGGCCCUGGAGCCCGGCUAACGUGUUCUUUGUCCCUCCUCAUCCAGUGGUGAGUCGAGUGCUCGAGGUAACAGACCUGCCAGAGGGGAUUUCGCGUCCGGAGGCUGAAAAGCUAUUCAACCAGCUCUCUAUGUGCGGUGCCAAGAUCCAGUGGCUGAAGGAGCCCCAGGGAGGCCGGGGGGGAGCGGGAGGCUGCGGCCCCUGUCCCGCCGCGGGGCCCUCUGGGCCCGGAGCCGCCAUGGGAGCGGUGGGAGUGAAGGGCGACGGCAACGACCCAGCUCACCUCUACACGGUGGUGGCCGUGUUCCCCAGCACCAUGGCUGCCCAGAGUGCUUCCUUCAAACUUAACAACAGCGGCGCCAGCCUCUUCAAGCUGAGGGCCGCCAAAAAGAACUAUGACCUGCGCGUGCUGGAGAGAGCCAGCUCUCAGUGAACGGAGAAGAGAGGGGGAGGAGAGAGGGGAAGUGAAAGAGACAGAAAGAGAGACUCUCGGUGGAAUGGUGGAAAAGGAAGGAGGGACUGAGGGGGACUGCUCUUAGUGUACAAUUUCAAAAAUCAAAAUGGAGAAAAAAAAAAACAAAAAAAAAAACUUGAGUUAAAUGAUGUGUCAAAUGUAUAAAAGGGAAGAAGGUGUGAAUCAUGAGGUGGCUGGUGUUUGGCUGCAAAUAUGAUUUUCGUUGUUUGUUUUUAUUCAUUGUUUUUGUUUUGUAUUUAUAUAGCAGAAGAGCACACGAGACACGCGAGCAUGUGUUUCGCUGUUGCCGUGGCAUGUGUGCUGCCAUCGUACAAAAACCACACGGCAAUGCUACACACACACACACACAAAACACAAAACACAAAACACACAAAAGACACACACAUCAGGAGACACAAACGGAUACACAAGGCGCAGGCAACAGGGUCACGUAGCACAUAACAAAAACACACUGGACAGUCGACCUCAGUCAAACCUUUUCCUCCUCUUCCUCCCCCCCUCCGCUCUGCAACCUCCUUUUUCUGCCAGCGCUUUCUCCUCCUCUUCUCAACUCUCUUAAUCUCACAUAUUUAUAAAUUUUCAUACGCACAGUUGCGCACUCUCUCUGCUUUCCCCUGCUGCCCCGUCCCCCGCCUCUUUUCUUGCCACUUCUCAUACUGCCUCCUAUCUCCCUCUGCUCUCUCCUCUCUUGCUUUCUGUUUGCCUUACUGCUGUUGUGGGUUUCCGUAUUGCGCUGUUUUGUUUUUUUUUUCUUUUGUUUUGUUUUCUCAGAAGAAUUUUUCUUUAGUUUUUUGGGGUUCAAUAUAUUUAUAUAAGUGAUGUAAGGAAUAAAAGAAAUCUAUAUAUUCAGUGAUUUUUCUUUCUUUCCCCUGAGUGACAAAGUUUAGGCCUUCCUUUUUAUCCUUUCCUUCUUUCCUCCUCACCCCCGCUCCUCCUCCUCCUCCUCCUCCUCCUCCUCCUCCUCCUCCUCCUCCUCCUCCUCCCCCUCAUCAGCCUCCUCCUCACUGCCCUCUACCUCACUUCUUCUGUCCUCUCCUCUCUCCCACAACUGUUCCACGUCCCCGAGCUCCACCCCCCGACGCCCCCAUUGUGUUUGCGUUUUUUUGUUGACAGCUGUGCAGAACGUAUCAGAGAAGUAGUUAAAGUGCACAAUGAUUGCAUAUGUCUACUGUAAAUUUUAUUUAAUCUGUUAUUUUUUGUUUGUUUUUAAAAAUAUAAAAGUCGACAAAAAAUAUAUGAAAACA